AAUAGACAAAAACAAACAAAUUUGUAACAAGUGAAAAGAGAAUUUCAAAGUUAGAUACAUGAGAUCAAUCUAAUACUAUAGAACAAGUUCAAAGUUCAGUUUCUUUCUAAAUACUAAAUAUCCAAUAUGGAAAGAAACCAAUAAAGCCAUCCAUUUCCCUUGAUCAAAAAGGGUUUAGGGUUUGAGAAAAUUAUUAUGACAUUCAAGAUAACAAGAAGCUGAGAUAGAGAUCAUACUGUUUUCUAUUUCUUCUUUCUGCGGAGAAUCCGAGAGGGAGAAUGAUGAAGACAGCGAGUGUGUAUGAGAGAAUCGGAUUCAGAGCGCAGUGUAAAUGCCUCAAGAGAAUGAGUAUUAGGUUGACUCUUUUAAGGUCUGGUUAAUAGGCGGAGGAUAUUCUCCAAAUGACUAGCUAGAAUUGCCCUGGUACAUGAUGGUGGGAUACCUACCACUUUGUGUAUUGUGGUGAGGGUUAUCGAGAAGCUGGGUGCGAAAAUAGAUCUUCCUAGCGGAAAUAAAAGGUUAAUAAAGUCAUUGUCGGCCCACAUUAAUCAGCAAGCAUUACAGGGUUUUACUGGGUUUUUUCAGUUUCUUCUCCACUAACCAGUUCUUUGAAGAAGCUCUGUGCUGCGGAGCUUAACUAAUCGCCGAUUCAGGAUAUGGUUGGAUUUUCUCACGCCAUUAACUACCUCAAACCUUACAAGAACAUCAAACAAGAGGAAGAACUUCUUCCCGACCCUGAUUUCCUUCAAUAUUCGAUACCACUGGUUAACUCUUCUAUCCCUGAUUUUGAUUUCAUAGACGAGUGGCUGAAAGAAACUGAUUCCAUGGAUACUGAAGUUUCGCUUAAUAGUAAAGAACUUGCUAAUGAAGUAAAAUCUGAGCAAACUGAGAUUUUAGGUUCUUUGGAGAUCCCUUCAGUUCAAGAAACUUGUAAAGGAUGAAUUGGUGUUGAUUCCUCUAUUGAGAUAGCAUUGGAUAAAGUUAAUCUAGUUGCAACCUCUGAGAGUUCUGAUAUUGUCGAUAUGAAAAGUGAGGCUGUUGUUACUUCUGGAAGUGGGAAUUGUUUGAUUGAAAAGAAUUUGAUGGUGAGUGGAGGAGGAGGAGGGAAUGACGUUUCUUUGGGUGAUGAUCUGACAAAAUCACAUAAUAGUGACGGUGAAGGUGAUAAAGAGAGUAAUGAGAUGGUAAAAGAUAGAAAAGAUGGUGAUGAUAGUAGUGAGUCUGAAGACGAGGAUGAUGAUGAGGACGAAGAUGAUGAUGAGUCUGAGGAUGGGUCAUCUUCUCGUAGUGAAUUAAGUGAUGAAGAGGAAGAGGAGAUGGGUGAUGUUGAAGAAGGGGAACUUAAGGGUUUAGAGGAGUUGAUUGGGGAAAGUGACGAGGACGAGGAAGGGUUCUCAGUUAAAGGACCUAUUAAGUCCAAGAAUGAGGUUCAGGAUCUUCCUCCAGUUCCGAAAGUGGAUGUCACUCUAGAACCACAUCACCAGACACUACCUGUGGGAGCUGUAUUGACUAUUAUGGAUGCCAAAGUUAUUGUACAAGGGGUAGAGCAGCACAAUCCUCUGAAUUAAGGCUCUAUCCUUUGGAUAACAGAAAACAGAUCAGUGCUUGUGUUGGUGGAUGAAAUUUUCGGGCCUGUUAAGAACCCGUACUACG